CUCUAAGGAGGCAGCCGUAUUUGCACCAAGCCUGCCUGGUAAUUUUCCUGCCGGCUGCCCCUAGAGGUGCUGAGUGGUCAUUGUGACAGUAUCAUUACACAAAGGAAGCUCUUGGGGUCACAAUGGGCAGGGCUGGACCACCCUUGGAUGCAGUCUGGGAAGGAACAUGAGGGUCCUCUGAGAGACCAAAGACAGAGGGAGAUCCAAAGAUCUAGUCUGUAGCUAAGUGUAUUUUCUAAGACUCAUUGAUUCACACGCCAUCCCUUGAGGUGGCUGGUGUCCCGCGAUGGCCGCAGGCGCCCUCCUGCCGUGCCCGCGCCCGUGCCCGAUGUCCCGGCUGGACUUCCUCAAGGCCUCGCACUUCUCGCUGGGGCCUGACCUGCGGCUGCACGAAGGCACCAUGCGCACCACGUCGCACCGGGACUUCGCCUACCCGGCUGCCACCCGGGAGCCGCCGAGCCUGCAGCCGUCGCCCGCGCUGCUUUUCCCAAUGGACCCGCGCUGGGACCGGGAAGAGGGCGUGUCGGAGGCGCGCCGCGCGUUCCCGCCGCCGUCCACGCCGCCGUGGGAGCUGCUGCAAGCGCAGGCGCGGGAACGCACGCUCGCCAUGCAGGCCAGCAACCUGCACCUGCACGAGGACGCGCGAGCCGGGAUCGGCCUCUCCAACGCGCGCGCCGCCUACGGCUGGCCCGAGCUGCCGGCGCGCACCCGAGAGCGGAUCCGCGGCGCGCGCCUCAUCUUCGACCGCGACUCCCUGCCUCCUGGCGACCGCGGCAAGUUGCGCAUCCCGCCCACCACGCACCAGGCGCUCUUUCCACCCCACGACGCGCUCCCGCAGCCUCGCGCGCCCAGUUGCCACCUCGGGGGCCCCAACACCCUCAAGUGGGACUACACGAGACAAGAUGGGACUUCCUACCAAAGACAGUUCCAGGCCCUGCCAGGCCCACCUGCCUUGAUGUGUAAGAGGGCCUCCUCCAGAGUGGAGCUGGGAGACUGCAAGAUCAGCUAUGGAUCAACGUGUUCGGAGCAGAAAGAGGCCUACAGGCCCCAGGGUCUGCCUGAAGAUAGGUAUGACAAGGCCCAGGCCGCAGCCCACAUCCACUAUGUAAAUAUCCGUCCUGGUGACGGCCUCUUCCGCGACAGGACCACCACGGCCGAGCACUUCUAUGCCAGGGAGCCAGAGCCUUUUGUUCUUCACCACGAUCAGACUCCGGAGUCGCACAUCCUGAAAGGAAAUUGGUGCCCCGGCCCCGGCAGUCUGGACACCUUCAUGCAGUACUUCUACGGCCAGCCGCCACCCCCGACCCAGCCACCCAGCCGCCACGUGCCUCAUGAGAAAUUGCAGAGUCAUGUGACCCUAGGGGAGCCAAAGCUACUCAGACGCUUCUUCAAGACCACCAUGGGCUCAGACUACUGCCCCUCAGAGUGGAGGCAGGUGCAGAAAGCGCCCAACCUCCACUUGCAGCAGAGCAACCUGCCGCGGGGCACGGGCGAAUUCGAUUUUUUAACCAUGAACCAGAAGAUGCUGAAGCCACACAGAACAGCUCCGGCCCCGGUGACUGAAGAGAUGCUACAGCGGUGCAAGUACAGCCACAUGGAGCCCCCUCUGGGUGGACUGCGCUUCUUCUCAACCCAAUACAAGGACGAGUUUCCUUUCAAGUACCAGGGCCCAGCAGCCCUGAGACUGAAAAAUCCUCAGGAGGGCUUCGUGCCCCUGGGCACGCCUCACCAGCGCGGCUGCAGGGAGAAGAUAGACCCUCGGCUCCCCCAGCCCCCUAUGUACCAGUGCCCCAGCCAGCAAUAAAUGCCGUCUUGGCAACAUUCCACUCCUUCCCAUCAGUCAGCCAGUCCAGAG